CCCACCCACCGCUACUGCACCAACUGCGUCCUCAAGCAGCACCCGGGCCUCUUCUGCCCUCUCUGCUUCGAACUCCACGAAGACGCCGCCCUCCCCCCGCCGCCGCACCACCGCCUCAUGUGCGUCCGCUGCCCCUCCGUCGCCCACCGCUCCUGCGCCUUCCCCUCCACCACCGCCUCCGCCGCGCCACCGCCACCGUUCUUCUGCCCUACCUGCCUCGACGCCAACUUCACCUUCCUCAACCUCCCCGACCGCAAAACCGGCGCCGUCGACGUCCGCUCCGCCAAGGUCCUCGUUGCGCGCCGCGCCAGGGAGGCCGCCGUCGCCAGGAAGCGGGCCAAGGAGGCGCUGGAGCACCUCGCGGAGGUCCUCGCCUGCGAGCAGGCGGAGCGGGACGAGCUGAAGGAGCAGAACGGCGUCGCCUCUGCCGGCCGCCGCCGCGCCGCGUGA